UGCGGCUCACAUUCUCCCAUGAAGGAUCCUGAUGGAUACAGAUGUCCCCUGUGUCCUGAUGGCAUCUCUGCCUGUUCGCUUCACUCUUCAAUGAGCAGUCCUAUGAUUCAGCUUUGCAGUCCUCAGCAUAUGUCAGUCCCACUACCCUCCCCUGUGCAUGUGUGGGAGCUGGGCCGGCUCUACAUAGGGGGGUGACAGCUCACACAUCAGGAUCUGCACACAAAGCUGGGAGAGCCUGCAAGUACCUCGCACACUGAUACGACACUGCAGCUGCGCUGGAUUGUCCAUAAGAAGACAUGGUCCUGAGAUGGAUAUUGGCAGCUCUACUGCAAGAAUAUAUUACAAUAUCCAUAGCAUCACCAGGGGUUCACAUACUUCCUCCGUCAGGACUCUAUUUCUCUUACCUGUCGACCAAUGAUUCUUCAUAUUCUUCACUGUGGGAAGGUCCGGCACCAGAAGAGGUUAAUAAACAGCAGAGGAAUAUCUCAUGUAUCAAUGUAGAACACAGCAGAACAGCACAAUAUGGCGUCCUCUGCCUCUGGAACGGGAUUGGACACAACCCUGAGACAAUUGUUCAAGACUAUGUGGAGUUCAAGAAGAUUAUUUUCCCCUCAGAUGCACAUCUAGUAGAUCACACGUGGCACUUGCAGUGCUCUAUGGGAGUCAAUUCUACCCAGAUAACCUGCAGCAUCCAAUACAUCACACAGGAGAAGAACACGAUGAACCUGGAGUCUAUGCCUCAUCUAUAUUAUGCAAGCAGGGAUGACAAGGAUGAAGACACAAUGGGAGCUGAUUGCAGAUGUGACAGACAUGAGGGGUGCGAGUGCUCCCUCUCCCCCACUAUACACAGUGCGUCCUAUAUCCUGUGGAUGGAGAUCCCCCACCCCACCACAUCGCUGCGCUCCCCCCCGCUGCGCCUCCUGACUGCUGCCAUUAUAAAGCUGGACCCUCCUACUGACCUGCGAGUGGAGAUAACCAGUGACGGGAAGCUAAAGGUUCUCUGGUCCAUUAUGGCGCCCUCAUCCCCAAGUGUCCAGUGUCAAGUAAAACGUUCUGUGAAUACAACAGAGGAGAUCUCAGCACCGUCUUAUGCAAUUGUGGAGGAGACCUAUGUCAUCUUUGAGGUCCCACAGUCCUGCUCACCGAUGGUAUUUGAGGUGCGAUGCAGGAAACUCCCUGAACUUGGUGUUUGGAGUAACUGGAGUCCUCCUAUGGUAUUUAAGUCCCAAGACGGAUAUUAUUUCCCACAGAGAGCUGCAGUCAGCAGCGGAUCCAGCGUUUCGUUUUUUUGCAUGUACUGUGAUAAAAACAAGAAAAUCCCAGCCAAGGCCAUAACGUGGGGUCUGAACCUGGUGGAGCAGAUCCCCUCCAGGCAGUAUAUGGCAGUAAGUGAUUACGUUGGAAAAGUCACAACUGACAGUCUGAACACGACGACACCAAAGGGAAAGUUCCAGUUCGACGCCUUGUACUGCUGUGCCCGGGGCAUCGAAUGCCAGCCAAAAUACGCUGAAAUUUAUGUCAUAGACACUAACAUCAGUAUCACCUGCGAAACCAACGCGAAAAUUACCUUUAUGACCUGCAGGUGGAUCCCGAAAAAGAUCAUCCCACUAAAAGACAUCACCUUUACCUUCAGAUAUUAUGUGGAAUUGGACUAUUCGAACGAGAUGCUUAUAAAAUACAACACAUCUACUAUAAAGAGCUGUGACCUGCAGCAGGACGGCCACUAUGAAUGUGUUUUCAAUCGGAUUCAGACCAUGCACAGUUACCACAUGUGGGUUGAAAUACAGCACCCGAGCGGCGCGCUGAGAUCCCCACCCGUGUCACUGAGGCCCCUUGAUGUGGUGAAGCCAAGCGCUCCUACGAUGGUUAAGGCUAAAAGGGUGGCGGACACCAUACAGGACAUAAGAUAUCUACAGGUGACCUGGGGACGGCCCAGACCGGCGCUAAAAGACAUCUUCUACCAGCUCCGCUAUCGGCUGCGAGGACAGGAGGCGGAAUGGCAGGUAGUAGAUAUCUACAGAAAGGCAUCUGCCAACAUAACCAAUGUAGAUGUCUGCCAGGCCAACACCAUUCAGGUCCGAUGCCAGCUGGUUAAUGUGUCUAAGAUCUGGAGUGACUGGACCAAUGCCAUCGAUACAGAGGUCACGGACUUCAACGAUCCCUUGAGAGGACCAGAAUUUUGGAGAAUUAUAACGAAAAAUAGUAUCCAGAAAGGCGACAACAUAACGCUGGUUUGGAAGCCAUUACAGAAGGAGGAGUCACUGUGCAGUAUUCGGGGGUACGAACUUGUACAACAAGUGUCCAAUAUCAUCAGCUGGUCCACGUAUGUGGGCAAUGUGACCAACUACACCCUGACCCUACAGGGAAGCACGGUCACUGUGAGCAUACGAGCGGUUAACUCUCUUGGGCAGUCGAAGAUGAACCACAAUUUAACGCUGUCAAAAGACAUGAGCACCGUAAAGGCAGUGCGAUCGUUGGAUGUGUACGCCCUAAACAGCACCGUACUCGCAGUGUGGACAAUGGCCCCCGUGUCCUAUGAUGUUGUGGGGUUCGUUUUGGAAUGGAGGAACCUGAGGGAAAGGUCGCAAAUGCACUGGACUUACAUUCCUCCCAACAUCAGCAGAUAUUACAUUAAAGACCAAUUUUAUGCUAUUGAGAAAUAUCAGUUUAGCCUCACUCCGGUGUUUUUGGAAGGUGUCGCAAGCCCUUACAUUACAUAUGAAUUCUCUAAAGUGGACACAGAUGAAAUGCAGAACAAUACAGGUUUAUACAUUAUUUUACCUGCGAUUACCGCAACAUCUUUUCUUCUGGUGAUAACUCUGGCAAUAUCACAUCAAAGAAUGAAGCGACUGUUCUGGAAAGAAGUGCCCAACCCCAAGUACUGCUCCUGGGCUCAAGGAGUCAAUUUCCAAAAGCCAGAUACAUUAGAAAACCUUUUCAUGAAGCACCAACACCUGCCGCACAAUUUCCCGUUCAUCAUAGAACCCGAAGUUAUAUUUGAAAACCUGAAUAUCGAGAAGGGAUGGGGGAAGGAAGACGUAGACAACGUCUCAAUAAUCGAGCGCUUCACAGACGACCACGAUUCCGCGUGUACCACGGGCCAUUUUAGCAGCACUUGUACGUACACAGAUGAACCCGAGAUCUCCAUGUACGGAGAUAACUCACGCCAGUCCAGUGUAAAAUAUGCAACCAUCAUCAGCAACCCGCAACAAGGCAAGCCAAGCAUUAACGAGAGGAAGAUCAGCGUCAGCUCCGGGGACGGAUGUUUUCUGAGAAAUAAUUCCAUUGUUAUCGGGAAUCUAGAAGACAAAAAGCAGGCGUUUCUCAUCAUGGCCGCAUUACAUGCAAAAGAACCCAAGAUGACGUCGUCAAACUCUACCGUGUCGUCUGAAGGGUUCUCCGAGCCUACUGACCAAGAAGAGAGCUUCGAAGGAGAUAGCCCCGAUAGGAAUCUCUACUACUUGGGGCUGGAUUCAAACCAAAAUAUUGAACAGGACAAUUAUUUCUCAAAAAAUCCCUUGGUGACCUAUCAUAUCCAGGAGAACAUAUCAUAUCAGGAGCUGGACUAUCGGAGAGAAAUGUCUUCCAAACUAAUAGAAAAUGACUAUGGACACCCAGGUUUUUUGAAGAGAACGUUGCGCCCGUAUAUGCCACAGUUUCAGAACUGAUCUCCAGAGGACACAGAGGUGUUUGAUAUGUGUACGUGAUGCAAAACCAUUGUCCAUAAGGCAUUGCACACAGUCAUUCAAGAAUGUGAAGGGAUGAUCAUUUUACUAGGGGUGUUUUUAGGUUGUAAUCAAAGGUUCAAGAGCCAUCGGCCAACCCUUGUGCUCCAUUUAGAUGGUUAUCCCUAGUGGUGGAUCCCUUCCUAAAAUUGUCAGGGGAAGAGAUCACUUUGUUGUCCUCUUACAUCUCAUGACCUUCAGUUAGCCAAUGGGCUGAACGUGAUGUCCCUAGAUCAGGGUUGUGACAUCAUUAAACUUUAGCUUAAGCUAAUAUGGGACAUUUGUUGCAUUUGUAUAAAACAAAGUCAUAAUUCUAUAUGUAAAGCACAUUCUACAUGGAACAAACCACACGUACCGUGCAACCUGAGGUAACAAACUACUAUACUACAGUGUAGCAUAAUAAACGGCUAUUAAAGGGGCCGUCUGGUGGAAAACAACUUAUCCCCUAUCUACAGAAUAGAGGAUUAGUGUCUGAUCGUGGGGGGUCCGACUGCUGGGACCAGGCUCUCUGAGAGGAGUUUAAUGGGGACUCCGCCCCUAGACACCUCAUUUCCUAUGCAAAGGAUAAGAUGUUUGAUCGCAGCACCCGGCGUUCGUUUAGAACGCCAGCUGCAGUGCCGGAGGUUUGUGACGUCGCGGCCACACACCCUCGUGACGUCACGCCACACCCCCUCAAUGCAAGUCUAUGGGAGGGGGCGUGGUGGCCGCCACGCCCCCUCCCAUAGACUUGCAUUGAGAGGGGGGAUGACAUAAUGAGGGGGCGUGGCCGUGAUGUCAUAAGCCUCUGACACCCCAUCGCUAGUCAUCCGGAAUGGAGCGAAGUUCGCUCUGUGCAUCGGAUGACUAGGGUGCUGCAGCAGAGAACGCGAGGGAACCCAGUGGCAGGACCCUCGCAAUCAGAUAUCUUAUCCCCUAUCCUUUGGAUAGAGGAUAAGAUGUCUAGGGGUGGAGUACGCCUUUAAAGGGGUUAUCCAGGAAAAAAAACUUAUAUAUAUAUAUAUCAACUGGCUCCAG